UAUAGCCUCUUUUCGUAAAUUGAAGUUUUUACAACAAAAACCUGCUUCCCAAAACAAACAUCACCAACAAAUACACCCCCACCCAGAGAGAAAGAGAAAGAGAUAGAGAAAGAGAGAGAGAGAGAGAGAAAACAGAGAGAUCGCUGCCUUUUCUUUUUGUUUAGACGGCUGAAGCUCGUGCGUAUCACGUGCAAGAUCCGUCAUAAGUCUAUCAAAUAUUGUGCAUUCUUAUAUUAUAAGAGCCCUAGUUCUUUCUCUUUCGCUCUCUCUCUCUAAUUUGAUUAAUUAGUUAAUUAAUCAGUUAAUUGGUUUUUUUGUUAAACUAUUUUUUUUUUCCUUGUUAUAUACUAAAUCAAUAUUUUCUUUGCAAUUUUGUUGUAUUUUUAACUUUCAAACCCUAAUGGCUACCACCGCCGAUUCUCCGUCAAGUCCUCAAAUUCCCGGCGGCGGUGAAAGUAUUAACAGUCCACAGUUCCGGCGAAAAAAUGCGUGGGCACAAGUUGUACGAGGCGAAUCGGAAUCAAUAUCGGCCGUUCAUCAUCAUCAAACUCAGCUUUCGGUUUCUCAACCGGAACUAGUGGCUCCGCUCUCCGAUUCCUCUCCUCCGAAGAUGACUUCACCGUCACCACCACCGGAUGCCGGCGAGGGCUCCGAUGGUGGUAAUGAUGGCAAUGCGGCUCGCCCAAAGAAGCUCGCUUGGAACAAACCCUCAAACGCGCCCUCAAACGGCGGCGUCUUUGAGGUCAGUCCUGUAAUGGGCGCGUGUUCUUGGCCCGCUCUGUCUGAGUCCACUAAGGCUUCGCCUAAAUCGUCUGCCGAUUCGACUUCGAAGACUCUCUCCGAUUCACCACUCUCUACUUCUCAGGGACCUGUUGUUCCACAUUCGCCGAAGAAACAAGUUACUACUACUACUACUAAUGCUGCUGGGAAUUCUAAUUCUAAUUCUAAUGCACACCAUCCAUUGCCAACUCGACAAAGAUCUAUGAAGCGAGGUGGUGGUGGUGGUGGCAACAACAGGAGUGGGCCUUCACAGAGCGGCUUUACUCAUCCUCAUCCUCCACCACCACCACCGCCACCACCGUUUCCUGUAUAUUCGAUACCUCAGAAUGGCUAUCCUAAUAUGGUGCAAGCAGUGCCUGAUCCUUCUCAUAGGGAGUUUCCUUAUCGGGGUAGUAAUUGGGAGAACAGACCAGCUGGAGGAUAUGUGUCUCCAUCACAUUCCGUGAAUGAUCAUCGGAAUCCCUCCCGUAGGGGAAACUUUGGGAAUCAUCAACGUGGGGAUGGCUCCUACCAUAACAAUCAUGGAGGUAGGCGGGAUCAAGAGCGUGGGAAUUAUUCAAAUACCAGAGAUGCUCACUUGCAGCCACAGAGAGCUCCUUUAAGGCCCUAUGUUAGGCCAACACCACCUAACACAACUGCAUAUGUUACGCCUCCCCCAAUGAGACCCUUUGUCAACCCCAUGGGUUAUACGGAGUUCUACUAUAUACCUCAACUGCCAGUGGAACCCUACAGCCAUAGACCAAUAAUUCCUCAUCCACCGCCAUUAUAUAUCUCUGUUACAGAACCUCUGCCCGUUUUGCUACUCAAGCAGAUAGAUUAUUAUUUCAGUGAUGCUAAUUUGGUAAAAGAUGACUAUUUGAGGUCAAACAUGGAUGAUCAGGGCUGGGUACCAAUUGCUUUAAUAGCGAGCUUUCCUCGAGUAAGGAGUUUGACAACUAACGUCCAGUUAAUAUUGGAUUCCUUGAGAUCUUCAACCAUUGUGGAAGUACAGGAUGACAAGGUGAGGAGGCUCAAUGAGUGGAACAAAUGGAUACCAGCUUCUUCUCGGAUUCCCUCUGACUCAGGCUCAGUGUCUCCUAAUAAAUCAAGUUAUGAUAUGCUGGCAACUUCUUUGCAGAAGAUCACAGUGGAGGAAGUGGAUACAAACCAAAGUAGUGUGACAGGUAAAGCAGACCCUAACUCUGACGCUGUUGCAGGAAGUUGUAUAACAGAGUCUAUUGGCCAGUCACAACUCCCCAAUGGGGAGGAUACUCAAAACACCGACUCAAGCGGGAACUGAUCAAUAUAUGUCCCCCAAAAAAAUUCAAGAAAAAUCUUUUCAGAGUAGUGCGCUUCUAUUUUUGGAGAGCUUUGGGAGGAAAUGGGGAGUGAGGGUUUUAAUGAAGUUGUGGGAUAUUUUCUUUUGUUACUCAGUCACUUGGACUGGUUUUGGCAGUAUUUUGAUGAGGCUAGUAGAGGAAUACAGAAUAAGAUUUAUCUAUAAAUUAUUGUCUAAAGAUAAAGAAUGAGAAGAGAGUGAGACAGAGAGUACUUAGAUUAUUGGUUCAGGCAGAAUGAUGAGGUUGCUGGGUUGUAUAGCUUGGUUUUGGUGUGGAUGUUUGUCUUUUAAAUUUCUGGUGCUUUCCGGUGGCAUUGGUGGGUAAAACAUUCUGGAUAUCUAAAUUUAAGAUGUUUCCCAAUGAACGUGUCCUGGAUUCAAUCAAAACAACUGUCUAGUGAAACAGAGGAAGGGGGGAUUUGAAUUGCAGUGCAUACUUUGGUUGCCAGAAACAGGGUCGUUGGACCUUGCUUGAAUUUCUCCUAUCUGUAUUUUCCCAGACUUUGACUCUUUUUUUUCUUCUUUUUUUGUCAUUUUUUUUUUAAUUUAUUAUUUCUUGUCAUAUACAUAAUUACAUUUUGUUACCUUUUUAAUGUAACUUUUUUUUUUUUUUUUUUUUUUUUAGGAAUUUUGCCAAGCUUUUCAUUUAGGCUGAAAUUUGUCAUGGAAGGUUUGAUAAUUUUUUAGCUUAA